AUGCUGGAGAAGGGUGAUGAGAGUAGGGAGAAGGGUGAUGAGAUUAGGGAGAAGGGUGAUGAGAUUAGGGAGAAGGGAGAUGAGAGUAGGAAGAAGGGUGAUGAGAGUAGGGAGAAGGGUGAUGAGAGUAGGGAGAAGGGAGAUGAGAGUCGGGAGAAGGGUGAUGAGAGUAGGGAGGAGGGUGAUGAGAGUAGAAAGAAGGGUGAUGAGAGUAGGGAGAAGGGUGAUGAGAGUAGGGAGAAGGGUGAUGAGAGUAGGGAGAAGGGUGAUGAGAGUAGGGAGAAGGGAGAUGAGAGUAGGGAGAAGGGUGAUGAGAGUAGGGAGAAGGGUGAUAAGAGUAGGGAGAAGGGUGAUGAGAGCACGGAGAAGGGAGAUGAGAGUAGGGAGAAGGGAGAUGAGAGUAGGGAGAAGGGUGAUGAGAGUAGGGAGAAGGGUGAUGAGAGUAGGGAGAAGGGUGAUGAGAGUAGGGAGAAGAGAGAUGAGCCUGCCGACAAAUGCUAA